UGUGUGGUGGUGGAGGAAUGGGUGGCUUUGGUGGCCCCGGUAGAGGUGGCCCUGGGAUCCAGCCAGUGCAGAUUGACUCAACCCUCCUGCAGCCAGUCCAUGUUGAGAUUGAUCCCCAGAUCCAGCAAGUUAAAAACCAGGAGAAGGAGCAGAUCAAGACUCUUAACAAUCAAUUUGCCUCCUUCAUUGACAAGGUGCGCUUCCUGGAGCAACAGAACAAGGUCCUGGCCACCAAGUGGGAGCUGCUCCAGCAGCAAGGACCUUCAGGGCCAAGGAAGAACCUCGACACCAUCUUUGAAAGCUACAUCCAGAACCUGAGGAGGCAGCUGGAUUCAAUCCUGGCACAGAGGGGGCAGCUCGAGUCAGAACUGCAGAACAUGCAGCAGUACGUGGAGGAGUACAAGACCAAGUAUGAGGAAGAGAUCAACCGGCGCACCAGUGCUGAGAACGAGUUUGUGGUGCUUAAGAAGGAUGUGGACAGUGCCUACAUGACUAAAGUAGAGUUGGAAGCCAAGGUGGGAGCUCUGACCGAUGAAAUCAACUUCCUGAGGUGCAUCUAUGAGGAGGAACUGUCUCAGAUGCAGACCAUCAGCCGGGACCUGUCUGUGGUGGUGUCCAUGGACAACAACCGGCACCUGGACCUGGACAGCAUCAUUGAGGAGGUCAGGCGCCAGUAUGAGCAGAUCGCCCAGAGCAGCAGAGCUGAAGCUGAGGCUUGGUAUCAGAGCCAGUACGAGCAGCUGCAGAGCACUGCUGGAAGGCAUGGGGACAGCCUCCGCAACACCAAGAUAGAGAUCCAAGAGCUGACCAGGAACAUCCAGAGGCUGCGGGCUGAGAUUGAGAACGUCAAGAAGCAGAACCAGCAUCUUCAGGCAGCAAUUGCUGAGGCUGAGGAGCGGGGUGAGAUGGCCCUGAAGGAUGCCAGGAUAAAACUGGAGGAGCUGGAGUCUGCUUUGCAGAAGGACAAGGAGGAGCUGGCUCGCUUGCUGAAGGAGUACCAGGAGCUGCUCAACAUCAAGAUCGCGCUGGACGUUGAGAUUGCCAUGUACAGGAAGCUGCUGGAGGGAGAGGAGAACAGGCUGUGCAACGACGGCAUGUCCAACGUCAAUGUCUGUAA